UUCAAAUGGAACAUUAGACCCAAAGAGGCAAAGACCCAGAAGGCUGGUGACUGGCGAGUGGCGACUAAAGAUCGUUGUAUCUCCGUCCAAACAAAUUCACCGUCUGCUCUCCCUCCCCUGUCUGUACCUUCGACCCACCCCAUCCUCUCACAAUUCUUACGAAAGAGCCCUAAAAGCUAUAACCUAAUCAAAAUCACCCGGAAAAAAACCCCAAACUACCGUGAUAAUGGCCGGAAAUCAGGCCACCGGUGAUGGUCUAUCGGUGAAUAUCGCCGGAAUGUCAAAGAAUCAACUCUACGAUAUCAUGUCCCAGAUGAAGACAUUGAUCGAACAGAACCAAGAUCAAGCGAGACAAAUCUUGAUUCAAAACCCUUUACUCACUAAAGCUCUCUUUCAGGCACAAAUAAUGCUAGGAAUGCUGCAACCACCUCAAGAGAUACCCAACAUUCAACCUACCGGAACCCACCACCCUCAGCCAGCACCACCGCCAGCACCACCACUACAGAACCAACCACCACAACAAAACCACACCACCAUCUCAACACCACCACCAUCAUCUGUUUCCCCUUCAUUGCCUCCAUUACAACCACCACAACAUGGCAGAGCUCAGAUCAAACCUCAGGCGGCACCAAUGGCAGCUCAUCCAUCUCAUUAUUCUACCCAACCACCACCAUUACCUCCUGCAUCUACUCCAUUGCAGCAACCUUUACAUAUAAGUAACAUCUCUCAUCUGCCACUCCAACCGCCACUUCAACCACCACUACCACCACAACCAAGACCACCUUCUAUGCAAACUUUCCCUCAUCAAAACUAUUCUCACAUGGGACCCACUUCAAGUUUCCAGCACCCGGGUGGACCCCAGCUCCACCAUUCACAACAACCCAUGUUUCAUUCAGGUUCAAGACCUCCUACUAGCAUGGGCCCACCUUUUUCUCAAAGCCCGAAUCAGCAGCUUUCUCAAGGGUUAUAUCAGGGAGGAGGUUCACAUGUAGGAAUGGAUUUUAAUCAAAUGGGAGUCCCUUCACAACAACCAGAAAGGGGAUCCAAUUGGAUGCCUGAAAAUGCAGUGGGACCCACUGCCACGUCAUCUUUUCUUCCUGCUCAUAUGACCUCAGCCACUCAGCUUCCACGACCUCCAUCGUUAACUGCAGAUAUGGAGAAGGCAUUACUUCAGCAGGUAAUGAGUCUGACACCUGAUCAAGUUAAUCAGCUACCACCUGAUCAAAGAAACCAAGUGCUUCAGCUUCAGCAGAUGUUGCGUCAGUAACAUAUUAGGUACUACAGAGAUGGAUUAGAGAGUUCAUUCUGGAGUUUGUUUUGAUGUUUGUGUUUGUAUUACAUUUUGGUUUGAUGAUGUUAAGAUUAGUUGUUUUAGAAUUAAAGUUUGUUACUCAACUGUCUGAUUCUGGAAGUAUUUUUUUUUUCUUAA